CAUUGAACUCGAAUUUAAAGAAGUAAUAGUACCAGAGACGGCUUUUUCUGAGCAAAAAAAAAUGUUGUCACAUUACUGGUUCUGCAGUUGGUACAGAUGCGUGGACUCCAAAUAUGGAAAGCAGCCUCAUGUGCACAGUGUUUCGGCUUUAUCUGCAGGAAGGACUGGUACAGUGGAACAAAGCCUUUGCAGAUGUCACAUGCAAACCUGCAAAGCCACAGGUUUCUAGGCCACAAACUAUAAGGAUUACACUACUGCGUAGAGGGCGGCAAGUCGAUGUCCCUCCAUUACGCACUGUCAGGAGUGCGUCACUUCCGGCAACUUACAUUGGAGCCAAUGGCAUCGCGGCAGGACAGCGGUCCAGAAGCAGGUUUAAAUGCGCCGCCAGCCUGCGCGCAGGACAGGACAGGGGAAGCCUUGCAAAAGUGAAUACUUCUAAUAACGUUACAAAGUCAGGAUGUCAAACGAAAGACCGUUUAAAGAACUGAGUGAGAAUUUGGAGGGAUCCCUGUGCAGGCCUCAGAGGACUAAAUGGAAAAGGCGGCCCUCCUGCAGUGGGGGUCUAGACACAGAAAACACUCCAAACGAGCUCAUCCAGCAGUGGUCACCCCCACACAAAAAGUUCCUGACUUCUGCAAAAGGGAAAGAAAAUGAGGAAAACGUAUUUGUUCUUGCCAGACCUCCCAGGAAAAGAAGAGAAUCAUCAGCAGGCUUGUGUUGGGACAGUCUGCCUGAUGAGCUGUUGUUGGGAAUCCUGUCUCGUCUCUCACUGCAAGAUCUCCUCCGGACGUCACGAGUCUGCAAGCGCUGGAAUCGUUUAGCGUUUGAUGAGUCUCUGUGGCACAGUGUGGACCUGGUGGGAAAGGCUCAGUUAGAUGCAGAGCUUGGGCAGGUUCUCUCAGCUGGUGCCUUGAGAUUGCGCUGUCCACACACAUGCAUCGCUCAACCCAGUUUUAAAAGUGCACAGAAACUUCGUGUCCAGCAUCUGGAUUUAUCAAGCUGCACAGUGGAGACGUCUGUUCUCGAAGACAUCCUGUCUCGCUGCAAACAUCUACAGAAUCUCAGUCUCGAAGGAUUAGUGCUCUCUGAAAGCAUUAUUCAUUCUCUGGCUCAAAAUACUGAAAUUGUCCGACUGAAUUUGUGUGGCUGUUCUGGCUUCUCUCCUGAUUCUCUGGCUGAGAUGCUAAAAUCUUGCACUCGAAUUGAAGAAAUGAAUGUGUCAUGGUGUGACUUCAAUAAUCUCCAUGUUCAAGCUAUUGCUAACAACGUUCCCUCCAGCAUCACUCAACUGAACAUCAGUGGUUACAGACAAAACCUCACAAUGGAAGAUGUUAAAGCUAUAUUAAAUAGAUGUCCAAACCUCACAAAUCUAGAUUUGAGUGAUAGCGUGCUUGUGACGACAGACAGUUUCCCAGUCCUGCAGCAACUUUCCUCCUUGAGACAUCUGGCACUGAGCCGCUGUUAUCAGAUCCACCCAGCUUCACUCAUUGACUUUGAAAAGUUUCUAAAUUUGCAGACCCUGGGGGUCUUUGGGCUUAUACAGGACAGCUACCUGCCCAUUCUUUGUAAAGGUCUACCGCACAUACAGAUCAACACACAGCCUUUCUCCACUGUGGCACGUCCCACCUUGGCAACAAGAAAGGAUCGCACACUUUGGGGAAUCCGCUGA